AAGACAAUUACAAAAUAAUGAAAUUGAGGGAAAUGGAAAAAUACAUUGACAUAUUUUAUCUUAUGGCAUAUGAUUUCCAAGGAUCAUGGUCAAGUGCUGCAGGUCAUCAAUCAAAUCUAUACGGUGAGGAACUCUCCACUGACAAAGCAGUGAUGUAUUACUUGCAUCAAGGAAUUCCUGGUCACAAAAUUGUCAUUGGUAUGCCUAUGUAUGGUCGUGCAUUUCAAAAUACAAAUGGGUUAGGCUCACCAUUUAAUGGAAUUGGUGAAGGAUCAUGGGAGGCAGGUAUCUAUGACUAUAAAAAACUUCCUAAAGAAGGUGCAAUUGAACACUUUGAUGAUAGGUGUAUAGCAAGUUAUAGUUAUUCACCAAGUCACCAUGAAUUGAUCACCUAUGACACACCAAAAGUUAUCACACACAAAAUUAAAUAUAUUAAAGAUAAAUGUCUACGUGGUGUAAUGUUCUGGGAAUUAAGUGCUGAUCAUCCAACUAGUGAUGAUCGUUCUUUAUUAUUAGCAUCUUUUAAUGGAUUAGGUGGUAAAUGUGAAUUGGAUAAAUGUCCGAAUCAUUUAUCUUAUCCUACAAGCAUUUAUGAAAAU